GAAGAAAACGACAGAAAAAGAAUUCCAUGCCCUCUUGAUCCAAAACACACUGUAUAUGAAGACCAACUACAAAAGCAUUUAAAAAAAUGUAAUUCAAGAGAGAAGCCAAAGCCCGUCUACUUUGUUCAAGAUAUUAAUGCAGGUUUAAAAGAUGUAGCAGAAGUACCAGAAAAACAAGUACCUAUCUCUUCUCUAUCUAAAGAAGAGCUGGAGAACUUAAUUAUCAAGUUGAAAAAAGCAACUAAUGGCCUGGAACUUUGCCUUAAGGAACAAAUACUGUCCCAUCAGGCUUUACAAGAAGCCUUAAAUGACCCAAAGAAUGGGGAACCUGCUUUCAAACACUUGAAACAACAGGCUUCUAUUUUAGGUAACAUGGAAAAAUUACAUUUACUUGGUCCAGGAAGAUGUUUUGUUGAGUUUGGAGCUGGGCGAGGAAAGCUGUCUCAUUGGGUUGAUGUUGCCUUACAGAAUGUUGAAAAUGUUCAGUUUGUUCUUGUGGAAAGGGCAACUACAAGAUUCAAGGUGGAUGGAAAACAUAAAAGGAGAGAUUCGAUAUUUGAAAGGCUUCAAGUUGAUAUUCAACACUUAUGUUUAAAUAAGGUGCCUGUUUUGGAGAAGAAAAAACUACCAGUGGUAGGAAUUGGGAAGCAUUUGUGUGGUGCUGCAACAGAUCUUGCCUUGAGGUGCUUGGUUGAAAGUUAUACGACUUGCUGUGAUGGAGAAAAUGAAGAGCCUGCACCAAAACGCUCUAGGAAUGAUAACACAGAGGUGGCUUCCAACAAAUCUGAUAAUGAAAGCAACAAAGAUGACUGUAAGCUUGUAGCUGGAAUUGUUAUUGCACUGUGCUGCCAUCACAAGUGUGACUGGACACAUUAUGUAGGCAGAGAGUUCUUUAAAUCAGUAGGACUUGGACCAGUAGAAUUUAAUUAUUUUCAGAGAAUGAGUAGCUGGGCCACUUGUGGCAUGCGAGAAACCACAUCCAAAGCCUCUACAAAUGAAGAAAGUGAAGAUCAAAGUAAUGACACAGAAGAACAUGAGCAAACAUUCAGCAAGACAGAGAAUGGUUCUGAUACUUUACAAGGGAUACUUACUGUUGAAGAACGAAAGGAGAUAGGUUCCCUCUGUAAACUGCUGAUUGAUCAUGGACGGAUUGAGUAUUUGCAACAACGAGGAUACAAGGCUGCACUACAGUAUUAUACAGAGUCUGCUGUGUCCUUGGAGAAUGUGCUGUUGACAGCUGUCCCAAGUCCAUCUUUGAUACCAGAGCCAACUACAUGACAGGAGAUAUAUUUGGAAUUGGUGGGAAAAAA